CGUCGUGUAUUGGUUAAUCGCUCGCAGGUGGCAGUAUGGUACUUGGCAUUGCGUGUUUGAAUGUUGGCCAAAGUACUAACGAUACAAAAUGCGGUUUGCGUGACUUUUAAGUGGAACAUUGGAGUCAAAUUCAACACCAGCGAACAGGUUUGAAGUGUUCCUUUAAUAAGAAUACCUCUGGAGAGCUGAGACUCGCGUCGUUUUUUUUUUUGGGCCUCGGCAGAAGCUUCUGAUCAUUUGAAGGGUAAGAUGCCGCUACAAAUUUGGAUGCCAAGAAAAGAUGUCGUCCGGACCCAGUGCUCUCAUUGCCCUCAAGCGGGUUGAUUGUUUGUAAUGAUGUCAGCCCCUUCGUUUGGGGAGUACACAGAGCUUGAAUCCGCAUCUUUAUCUUGAUCCUCGCAUUGGUUCCUAAAAGCGAAAGACCUACUUCUCAAAGGGUGACGGCUUCUUCCCACCCCGACGAUUAUAAAGAGGAAGAGAGCAGCAGACAGGAGGAACUAAGCAAAGUGGAGGAGGUGCAGGAGGUGAGCCAGCCCCAGCGUGGAGACAGAUAGCAGAAAAAUGCUGCCAUGGGGAGAGAAGGGGAGGGAGUCGGCCGAGAGGAAGAGGAUGAAACGCGACCGGGUGGAGCGGAGCUGAAAUGUUGGAGGCGCUGAAGAAUCAGUGGAUGCCAUGUCGGGGGUGCGGACAGGGCCUUGUCUAAGAGGAAGAAGACUCAGGCCACAGUGAUGGUCCACCUCGGUCUGCAGGAAGCAACUCCCGGAUCGCUCCCAAAACUCGCUGAGCCUUUGCCGCAUUCUCAGCGCCCCGGGCCUCAUCGUUCAUUGACGCGCCAGAGCUACCGUGUGUGCGCACUUGAGGCCAUUUCAAGUGUUUUGAAGCAGGACUUGAGGCGUCGCUUUGGCUGAGUGGAGCUUCGUCUUCCAAGCGUCGCAUCUGCAUCAUCCUGGGGGAUUACAUCAUUGGAUCGGAGGUCUUCGCCCUGACAGCAUGCAGUCCGACGACCUAUUCGUUCGCAAGUUUCGGCGGCAGAACGUGCGGCCGCCCGUCGCCGCCGUCAACUUUGAUCCCAAACGGGAGGCGGGCGUGGUGGAGUGGCCACCCAGGAGGGAUGGAGACGGGUCCGACGGAGACAACCUGACCCCGAGCCGGGCGGGCCUGACUCUGCGCGCGGCGGGCCGGGGCCACAUCAUGCAGAGGAGCAACAGCGACGUGACUUUGGGAGACUUGGACUCUGGCGGGAAGGCCGGAGGGAAAGCUACGCGGGCGGUCGGGGAGAAGGCGGGUGUGGGGGUGCAGGGGGACUCUGGGGUGCUGCUCCACAGAGAAUAUGGAAGUCUCUCCUCCCUGGAGAGACAGACUCAAAUCCAGGAUGCGAACCGAGGGCCCCUUAGCCCAAACGCGCUCCGCUUCAAAGACCCCUUCCUGCUCUUAGGACUCCAAGGCAACCUACCGGAACCCGACGGCUUCUUCAGAAACUUGUCUUCUGCCGCGGGGGACUCCCCAAAGCCUGCAAAGCCCCCCAAGCCCGAAGGUCUCAGUAAGAAAUCCAAACCCGCGCCCCCUCAAAUCCCUCAACCCGGUCCUCAUGAUAACAUCGGGGGCGGCGCUUGGGUGAGGAACUUUGCCCAUUAUGACGUUCAGAGCAUCCUGUUUGACCUCACCGAGGUGGCCAGCAACCGCGACAGCAUCGGACGCAAAAAGAAUAUCACCUCCGGGGCCUCCGCCGCCUCCCAGAUGCGGCCCCUCGCCCACGGCGCGCCCUCCUCGCCCGCCCCGGGCGGCGCGGGCAACGGCGGCGCGGACGACCCCGAGCAGUCGCUGCUGCUGGAUGAGGGCGACGGCAACGACAACGAGCUCCUGCUCAGCUGCCCCCACUUCCGAAACGAGACGGGCGGAGAGGAGCAGGUGGGCCUGGGACGAUCGCAGGCCAGGCGGGGGCUGUGGCUGAGCCCGCGAACCCCCAACGAUGCGGCCUCGGUCCUGGAGGAGCCCAGAGAAAGUCACGUCCAGCAGCAGGGCAAAAGCAACUAUUUUAUAGAACACGCGGAUCUGGGGGCGCAUUAUUAUCGCAAAUAUUUCUACAUGAAAGACCAUCAGAAUUUCUUUGGCAUGGACGAUCGCCUCGGGCCGGUGGCCAUCAGUUUCCGCAGGGAGGAAAAGGAAGGCACCAGCGGCGCUCAGUACAAUUACCGAAUCAUCUUUCGCACCACGGAGAUGAAGACUCUGCGAGGGUCCAUCUUGGAAGAGUCCGUUCCCUCGGCCGCCCGCCACACCACCCCUCGAGGUUUGUCUCCCAAGCGGCUGCUGGAGUUCAUCAUGCCCGAACUCAACCUGCACUGCCUCCGCUUGGCUUCAAACUCCCCCAAGGUCCGCGAUACCUUGCUGAAGUUGGACGAACAGGGGCUGAAUUUCCAGCGCAAGGUCGGCGUCAUGUACUGCCGAGCCGGCCAGAGUUCCGAGGAGGACAUGUACAACAACGAGAGCUCCGGCCCGGCGUUUGAGGAGUUUUUGGAUCUGCUGGGCGAUCGCGUGCGACUGAAGGGCUGGGAGAAAUACCGAGCUCAGCUGGACAACAAGACCGACUCCACGGGGACGCAUUCCCUCUACACCCGCUACCAGGACUAUGAGAUUAUGUUCCAUGUGUCCACCAUGCUGCCCUACACAGCCAACAAUACUCAACAGCUGCUGAGGAAACGCCACAUCGGCAACGACAUUGUCACCAUCGUGUUCCAGGAGCCCGGCGCGUUGCCCUUCACGCCAAAGUCCAUCCGCUCCCACUUCCAACACGUCUUCAUCAUUGUACAGGUUCACGAGCCCUGCACAGACAACACCUAUUACAGGGUGGCUGUGACGCGCUCGAAAGACAUGCCAUUAUUUGGCCCGCUCUUCCCUAAGGGCGCCCUGUUCCCUCGCUCGCCGGCAUUCAGAGACUUCCUCCUGGCCAAGGCGGUCAACGCCGAGAACGCCGCCGAGAAGUCUGAAAAAUUCCGCUCCAUGGCCACCCGCACGCGACAGGAAUACCUGAAGGACUUGGCUGAAAACUACGUGACCACCACGCCCAUCGACUCCUCCACCAAGUUCCCGCUGCUCUCCCUGGGAGGCAAGCGCAAAGACAAGCUGAAGGGCGCCAAGGGGGCGGAGCUGCACAGCGCCGGGGCGCUGGUGUGGGCCGUGACGGCGGACGGCGGGGAGGACGGCGAGGCGGGAGAGCGCAAGCUGCCCUGUCUGCUGGGCGUCUCCGCCGAGUCGGUGGUGCUCAUCGAGAGGUGCACGCGCAGGGUGGUGUUUAACUGCUCCUGCAGGGACGUCAUCGGCUGGAAGGCGGUGGCCGAAAGCAAAGAAGGCGGGCCCCACUUGGACAUCUUCUACGAGCGCGGCGAGUCGGUGUCCAUUAGCGUGAUGGAGAGCCAGGCGGAGGAUUUGAGAGAGGUGCUGCAGAGGCUGGAGUUAGUCACUCGGGGUUGCGAGGCCCUGGAGGUCACGCCGCUACGUGACGGCGUGGGCCAGCCCGGCUUUCUGAUGAACGAGGAGGGCUUCGUGACGGAUCUGCAGCGCUUCUGCUACGCCGAGAGCGGCGGCCUACAGCUGUGGGCUCGCGUGGUGCGCCUGUGCGGCCACUCCCUGGUCCACCUCAGCGCGGACGAGAGGACCAGGCUGCUGCGCACGGCGCACAAAAUCCACAUCACCGUCAUCCCGCCGGAUGAGAACGGGAAACCCCGCAGGAGCUUCUCUGAGCUGUACCAGAAAGCCAUCAAGGAUGCGGAGUGUAAGCCCGGCGAGGACCAGUCCAGCGAGGCCUGGGUGCUCGACGAGCGAGAAGAAGACGACGAAGAAGCGGACAAGCGGCCGAAGGGGGACGGCAUCACCGAGGCGGACGCGGCCGAGGUCCAGGUGGAAGGCGACGGGGCGGAAGAGCAUCAAGGGCCAAGCGAGAGAGGUGUCGCCGACUCGCUACUGCUGCCACCGAGCCUACCCUUGUUACGGGCCACUUCCCUGCAGGACCAAACGUCCAACCGGGACCAGGAGGGCUCGCAGCUCACCCGCAGCUUCUCUUUAGAGAGGCAUUCAUCCUACAGCGACACGUGUGAGGGACACAUUUACGACAAUGUGGCCUUGAAAGAGGACCGCCACAUCUAUAAGAAUGUCGGCGAGCUGAGAGAUGCCACGCCUGAUCUGAUACUGGCGGUCAAGCCCAAAUUUGCCCCGGAGGACCAACAGUUCAUUGCGGCCUUGGGUGACGACAAAGCUUCAGCGAGCGAAUCGUCUCUCUCCUCCUCCAGGUUGUCAUGCGUGGACCGAGCCGAGAGGAACUCGCGAGCCUUAAGUCUUCACAACUCCAUCACCAAGAUUCUCUCGGAGACAACGGAUUCGACCGAAGAAGAGUGGCAGUCCAUCGCUGACCUGGCCACGGCCUGCCGCAGCAUCCUGGAGGCUCUGUCACGCGAGGAUCGGAAAGCUGGAGACCCAUCGGGAGGUGAGACGGAUGGCAAGAUGAACACAAGGGAGAGUGACUCUCCAGGCCACCUGGAGGAGAAAGUGUCACAGCUGGAGGCCACGCUGAAGAAGCUGCAGGAUGACCUGCAAAAGCACCAUUUCGGGUUGUCGAGCGAUGUCAUUCCACCUCCCCUCCCUUUCCGUUCCUGCCACACGCAGCGAUCUGAGAGACGGCCUCUUGUUUUUGUUUGUGUGCCCGUGUCUUCCAGGAGAAGGAGGACAAGGCAAUGCUGCAGGCCGAGGUGCAGAGCCUGCGGCAGAACAACCAGCGGCUGCAGGAAGAGUCGCAGAGCACGGUGGCGCGCCUCAUCAAAGUCACCGAGCUUCUGUGCAACGUCAACAAACCCUGUUAGCCCGCCGCCUCCGCCGCCUCUUAACUGCUCCUCCGGCACGACAACAAUCAGCUGAACGAUGUCAUGUGGGCGCUCGGCCUCCGAACAUGGCAUGCACAUCCUCCAUAAACUACUAGAACCCCCCCCCCCCCACUCCCUGGUGGUGAAGGUGGAUGCAAAUAGACUCCUAAAAGUAAUGACAUUCCCUGACAAGUGUGUACUUCUGGCUGCUGUUAAGUGUGCUCUGCCUGAGUGAUCUCACUGCGCGUGUGUGUGUUUGUGUGUGUGCGUGUGUGUCGCAUGUGUGCGCAUCUUCUACUGUACUUUACUCCAAAUACUUGACAAGCUGGGUUGAUCAGCACUUCCAUUUUAAGUCAGGACGACUGAGAGCGGCAUGUUGAUGUGAAAAUUGACCAAAAGUGUACACAUUCAGCUUAGAGAAUCGUGUGUGCGUAUGUGUUUGUGUGUGUGUGCACCACUUAAAUGUGAAGAGUUGUGUUACAUUCUAGGAAGGUCUUAAAAGACGGCGUUUUAAAAAAAUGACAAGGAAAAGGUUGCAUCACGCCAAUCUCUUUCUUCUUAGUCGUACUGUACUCACGUUUUAGGAAGGGAUGGUCCUAAUAAUCCCUCGAUGAAUGCACACGAGGGGGAAAAACAAGAUGUGUUGACGGUGUACGCGCACUGGAAAAAAAACGGGGUUCCCUUGAAGACUCACAAUGGCAGGAAAGAAGCGUUUCCUUCCAUGACUUGUUUUCCUCUAACCUCGCUCUAAUGUUGUAGCGGCCACGCUGUGGAGGUUCUCCUCCUACUGGCCUUCGCCAAGCCAAACGGCAGCUUGUAUAGCUUUUAGGUGUCAUGGAAACACCAUUUCACACAACAAUAGUCCGAAUAUUGCAUCGAACAUACCGGCUGGCUGGCUUAUGAGUGGUAGCGGUGAGAGGAAAUCUUCCCAACCUGAUUUCUGUUUUGUUUUCUGGAAUCUUCCUUGCACUUUUUUUAAAAAAAAAGUCAAAUCAGCACCGGACAGAGGCACACAUUGGAUUUGAGUUAUCCUGCCAGUGCUCUUCCCUCUACUUUACCUCACUUUUUGUAUGUGUGUGUGUGUGUGUGUGCACACCGCUAUCGAGGUGUGUGUUUCAAAAGAGACUGAUUGCUGCUCCUCAGUGCCAACUAACGCCCAGGCAGCUCUUCGAGCGUUCCACCAGGAAUCAAGAUCCUUCCAUCCGUUGCUUUUUUUUCCUUUUUUUCUCCAAAACACCCACUCAGACUCUCAAUGCUCUUAGUGUACAAAUUUUCUCUUGUAAUGUUAUUUUAGAGUCACUGUGAAUACCCGGUACCAGCAUAUAAAGAUACAGUAUAUACAGAUGAAAUUAUGAAUCUAAUGUUUAUUAUUAUCCGUAUGCGAGGAUGCUUUGUUCCAGCUCCUGUUAAACAGAUGACGUCAUCUCGUGGUCACGCCGAAGCCGCCAGACUGAACUAUCGGUGUGAGAAGACCUGUUUUGAACUGUGUCUCGUCGUUGUUGUUGUUUCGAUUGUUAAGAGGUCGCUGAAGCAUGAGAAUGUGCCAAGCAACGUCCAAACUUCCCCCUCUUGUUUGUGGAUGUGUGCGCGCGUGCGUCGACGUGUAAUUUAUUAAUCAUGUAAACGUGUGGAUUUUAUUGUAGCUGUUGAAACUCGAGGGGAGCUGAUUGGAGGGGGUGGAAAAAAAUGGGAACAAGUAGAAGAAGGCAAGGCGAGCUUGGUUUGAAAGGUGACCGUGGGAGCCAGCGAUGGUGAAAAAAAUCAUAUCUGUAAAGCUUCGCGUUGUAGCUUUCAAGAGGUCUUUUUUUUCAACACCAUCGGGUACGCCUUAACGAGCGAGAUCCUGACAGGACGGUCAAAGUGUGAGUUCGCUGACUUUGUGCCUAACUGCAAAUGUAAUGUAUGUUGAGCCAGCUGACUUUUCUCAUUUCGCACCGACUCGCCCUUUCAGUUGCAGGCGAUUUAACAUCGGAUCUUUCAUCUGCUGUGUGAGCAAAAUUGAUUUCGGAUGAUGAUGAUGUGUUGUUGUUGUUGUUGGGCUGAACAGUGAAGCAAUCGGGUAAAUAUACGAUUUGGAAAAUUGAACUAAAGUGGAAAAAGGGGUGCUUCACGUGACUUGAUGAUGCGUUGCAAUCAAGUUGAAACAGACAUGAAUGUCUUGAAUGUCCUAAAGUUUCUCAAUACUCAUUUACGGGCAUUGCGUUUGAAAAUAAAUCAUAUCUGAAAGCCCAUUCAAUUUGAAGGACACAAACAA